AUGCAUCAAAUAUUGGAGGGUCACUACCUCUGUGAAGCGAUAAAUGUUGCCGGACGAGCCACUACUGAAUGCUACCUUCACUUUCAAGAACACUGGGACGAAACGCUACGUAGAAAAAAACGAAGCCUGCGAGUUGAAAGGAUAUCUAGUACGCAAGAACGGACCACCAGAGAGACGCGGACUGGCCCACAGAAGACACAAGCAGCUACGUCAGUUCACGAAUACAAAUAUACCGCACAAGAACGAGAACAAAUUGAAGGAAUAAAAACCGAACGGGAAUGGCUGUUCACCAGAAAGGAAGCGGUCGACGAAGAAAUCCUGAAUGAGGCCAAAGCAUAUGAAGAAGUGACCAAGGACGUGGACAUAACAAUGAAACCCGCAACCGCCCUAAUGGAGCUAUCGGUAGUGGAGAUCGUCCUUGAAACCGGGAAACACCACAUUUCGAAACGACCGUUCCAGGAAAUCGAUGUCGUAGCCUCCGUGGAAGCACGAGAAUCCAGCGACAGAGCGGAGGCUGUUCUUGCAUUGCGUGUAUUGGACACUGCA